ACAAAAGUACACCUGUGUCAUCCUAGUACCCAGACAGGUAUUCCUGCUAAGCCCCGCCCCUUUCCAGGUGGAUGUAGAAAAGCUCCAUCAGCUUCCCCCACUGAACAGAACUCCAGAACACCUGCUGCCAACAACACCUCCCUGAACCAAACUUCACAUCCAGCAGAAAUGGAACAUAAGAUGAUGCAGGUUUUCGCCGCAAUGAUGGUUUUCCUGGCUCUCAGUUUCCAGCCAGUACUGUCACAGGGUGAUAUUUCUAAAACAGGAUGUGGCACAACCAAACAGUGCGUGCAGAAUCCUGCAAACUGCGACCCAGCAGGCAACACCACCGAUUGUCUUUUUGGAUCUGCUCGCCCCACAGCGUUGAAGGCCCCAAAUGGCAUCGACCUGGCCUUUGAGCUCAGUGGGAACUUUGCCAGAGGGAACUCUUCCCUAGAGAACUCUACCGGAUACGUCGCCGUAGGUCUCACCAACGAAGCUCAGGCAAACUUCAUGCUUUUUAUCUGUGGUCAAAACAGCUCAAACAACGGGUCCUUCUUCAGCAUGUCCACGAUUUAUAACAAAACCAGUAAAACUGCGAACAGUACACUUGCGAAGGCUAUGACAGAUGUUAAAAACAUCAUCAAUGGUACCAACAUCAAGUGUACGUUUAACGUCGCUAGUCUGAAUGUCACCACCGAAGCUGGACUCAGGUCCGCCGAUACCACCUUUCGUAUGGUCGUCGGAUCUGGAACGGAACUUGAUUUUAACAACUUCCAACUUGCUGCAACCAGUAAUGCUACAGACUUUUCCAACUUCCUACCCUCGACAAACACCACAGCAAAACCAUCAGGGGCCAACCGUCCCUUCUACUCUAAUGCUGUGCUGCCUCUGGUCAGCUUCGUCACACUGUCCAUCCUGACGUUCGCCUGAUCAAACCCAGAGAUGAAGAAGCUAUUAUAACCCCACAAAGACACAGUGAAGGGUGCUGCUUUAAAACGCAGCAAAAACUGAGUGUCAUGCUGUUUAUGAAGUGUUUUUACAAAACUAAUUCAGAGAUGUAUACAUUAUAUAUUGCACUGGUUGUUCUCAACACUUACGAGAUGAAGAAACUAAUAGCUCAGGUUCUGCAAACGUUUUGGUGAUUUAAGGUAUAUUUUUUUUAAUAAUGUAAACAUAUCUAUUAAUACAAUUACUGUCUUUAAAUGUUUUUAUUACUGUGUGAAAUGAAAUGUGAGCAGGUCUCGUCUGUUUAUUAAAUCUGACUGUCAUCUUAAAAGGAGCCCAUCCCAGCUCAGGAUUGUCUUGUUUUCAUUAAUUAGAUAAAGCCAUCUGUCAGUUAGCAAUAAAACCAGAAGGACUCACUACACCA